CGCGCCUGUAGGCCAAAGAAAAGUUUUAUUUAGGCGGCAGAACAAAAAAUUCGCCCACCAUUGUGCUGCCCCCAUCUUUUUAGGCGUUCAGUUACCUCUACGCCAUCCAUUGCCCACCUCCUCAACUCAUUCGCUUCCCUCAAGAAAAUCACGUUCCCUUCCAGUGGCAGGCAGGGGGCGACUCCAUCUGCGUCGUGUGGCGCCAGGAGAGCAGGGAGCGGCAUCGAUCCAGCCACCACCAAGAUGGCUCCUGGGAGGAAGCCAGCGGCACGAGCACGGGAACCUGCAGGCUGUAUCGUGACUAGUACGAUGUUUGUCUCAGUGUUUACCGCCUUCGAUGAGGCAUAGAUAACUAAUAAGAUCAAUCAGUACUCCAUGAAUGAUUUCAGUCUGCAAUUUUUCUGGGUGUAAAAAACUCCACUUACUGAUUAUGAGCGCUUGAGGGCUCAAAAUAUGAUGAAGAACAAUCAAAUGUUUCAAAGGCUUGGGCUUUCUACAUUGGCAUCAAUGAUUAACAAUACAAGUUCAAAGAGCAAGGAUGAUGUUUCUCGACAAUCAGGAUCUUUGUAUGAUGCUCAGGAUAGUGAGGGCUCUGAACAAGAGGAGGUCAGCAAGGUGCAUCGAUUGCUACAAGAAAACAAGUGCCAAGGGGAAAAAGUCUUGGCAAGGGGCUGGAUUCAUUAAGCAGAGGGUUAGGCACUAAGAUACCAAUCCAAAUUUCUGAAGGGAAGAGAAGACCGGAGCCACCUAUUCAGGCGGCAAAGCUUGCAUCGGAGGGUGGGAUCAUACUCAAACAGCACAUACCAAUCUAUCCACAUUGGAAGAAUUACAAGGAUGAGGGACAAAUUACAAACUGCAUUGACCAACUUGCUAUAAGUCAAUUUAAUUCUAGUUGAUUAAUCCUAUUUCUUUGGUUCCUUUGCAUCUGAAAUCCUAUUGUUCAUUGUUUUGUUAGGGACAAUUCACCAUGGACGUCAACAGUAAGGCAGUGCAUGAAGCCUGCACUGACUUGCUAAAGUGUGGGCAACGACAAAUGAGGUAUAGGCUGAAAAAGCAGUACUUCAACGAGAUACCUGCAAAUCAAGUGAGGACAACAUCACCUAUUAAGCAGAUGACUGAUGAUCAAUGGAGAGAAUUGGUGGAGAUGUGGUCAAGCCCAAAGCAUAAGGACAAGUGUAUCAAAAACAAACUUAACCGCGAGCAGGUUCAGUUUCAGCAGAGGACAGGGUCUCAGUGCUAUAUUGCAAAAACUUAUGUCGUGAAACAAGAUAAAUACAAAGAUACCGACCCUACUGCAAUUGAUCUGUUCAAGGAGACACAUUGUAGUAGAAAAAUUGGCUUUACUGAAUCUGUGAAGAAAGCAAUUGAUGAUACGGAAGUAAUUGUUGCUGAACCAGAAAAUGAUGGACAAAAUGUCAAGUCUUCCACUGAUGCUUUUUCCGAAGUCUUGCCGCAGUCAAGUAAAUUCUUACACAAUGUAGGCAUUAUGUCCUCCUCCAAGUCAAGCACUAGAGUUGGCGUGUCUUCAAAGGUGCAAGAACUUCAAGCUCAGCUUGAGAUGGAGAAGCAGGAAAAGGCCAAACUCCGGCUGGAGAUGGAUAGCUUGAAGUUGCAGGCACAAGAAUCUGAGUCAACCAUGGUUAAACAAUCACAUGAGGUUGAUAGGUUGAAGGACACCUUAAAGUCUCAGGCACAGCAAUCUGAGGCAGCAAUGGCAAAGCAAUCGGAAGAGAUUGAGAGUUUGAAAAAGAUAGUCCAAGAUUGUAGUGGGUUCCUACGUCAAAUGAUAACCUUCCAAGGUCAAGUGCCUCCUCCCUAGACUGCUUGUCGGUGUGGUUCUCAUCCGUCAAAUGGAGCUUUGCUACUUUUUGUGACCUCCUUGAACUUGCACUUAGUUAGGUCUACAGCCACAACUAUUUUCUUUCUUUGAUUAGAGUUAAAGGAUUUCCAUAUUUAUUUCAUCGCCUUAAACCAUUGGCUACUGGUCAAAUUUGUUUCUUUAUUUCAUAAGACUUUGUUGUUGAUGAUGGAAAAUGUACUUGUGUUGAAUGCAUUAAUGGACCUGCAGCUUGAUGAUAACCUUUCA